AGAACAGAUUUGGUUGCGCCGCCCUGGCAACUUUGUUUCAGGGUCAGGGAAUUGGAAUUUUUAAAGAGGUCAACUUUCUGUAUAUGCAUUUCUUAUAUAUAAUAUUUACUAUUAAUAUAAUACCUUCUUUUAAAAUAACUUUUUCUUAGUAUUACAAUUCUUCAAUUUUCGAAAACUUACAUAUUAUGGCUGAUACAGAGAAGUUAAAUAUUGAUAGCAUCAUUGCUAGGUUGUUAGAAGUAAGAGGUUCUCGCCCCGGCAAAAAUGUUCAACUCAGUGAGGCUGAAAUCCGAGCAUUAUGCUUAAAGUCCCGAGAAAUAUUUUUAAGCCAACCAAUUUUGCUAGAACUGGAGGCUCCUCUGAAAAUAUGUGGUGAUAUCCAUGGGCAAUAUUAUGAUUUACUUCGUCUCUUUGAAUAUGGAGGCUUCCCACCUGAAAGCAAUUAUUUGUUCCUGGGUGAUUAUGUUGAUCGAGGAAAGCAGUCUUUGGAAACUAUAUGCCUGCUUUUAGCAUAUAAAAUAAAGUAUCCUGAAAACUUUUUCCUUCUUCGAGGCAACCAUGAAUGUGCAAGUAUUAACCGCAUUUAUGGUUUUUAUGAUGAAUGCAAAAGAAGGUACAACAUUAAACUGUGGAAGACUUUUACAGACUGUUUUAAUUGUUUGCCUGUUGCAGCAAUUGUUGAUGAAAAAAUAUUCUGUUGUCAUGGAGGUUUGCAGAUUUUAUUUUUUACUGAUUAUAGUAUUAUAAUUAUUUGUUUCAAGUCGUACUCAUUUUUUAUAUAUUUGCUAACUAGAUCAUACAGCAACAAUGUUUCACGACCCUAA